AUGCCGAUACCGGACGAUCACUUCGCGCCCGUAAGGUACUGCGACAAAUGCACGUCAAAUGGCUGCACGAACGACGAGUGUACCAUUUCUCCAGCAGGAACGGGCGUCCCAAACUCCGACUUUAUGAUCUACGUGCGAGCUGAAAGCACAGCCAACUGCGAGAGCGGGAGCACGCUCGCGUACGCGUCGACGUGUCAGCAAGACCAGUACGACCGACCGACGUUCGGUACGGUCAACUUUUGUCCGCUGCAGAUCAGCACCGCGGCCUCAGCGUUCGAGCGUCAGGUGUCCACUGCACUCCACGAGUUCACUCACGCUUUGGGCUUCUCCGCUCGCUUCUUCCCUCUGAUGCGAGACGAAGACGGAAACCCGCGGACACCAAGAGACGAACAGGGAAAUCCGCCGACAUUUUCUGUGGGCACGUGUCCGAACGGCAAGGAGAUCGACUACUACGUGGAGCCUGCGGACACAACGAUCACAUAUUCAACCGAGCGAGGCCACGUUGUAGCCAAGAUGGUGACUCCGCGAGUCCGUGCGUUUGUGCAGGACCAUUUCAACUGCUCGAGGCUGGACGGCGCCGAGGUCGAGUCGCAGGACGGAGGCUGCUUGGGCUCUCACUGGGAAGAACGCCUCUUUGAACCCGAGUACAUGACGCCAGUAGACAGCUACCGCAACGUCUUCAGUGCCCUCACGCUCGCGUUCUUCGCUGAUUCGGGCUGGUAUCGAGUUAACGCCUCGAUGUCCGAGAUCAUGCACUUCGGCCGGAAGAAAGGAUGCGGCUUCGCAACCAAAAAGUGCGUGAAUCCGUCCACCCAAGUCCCCAUAGCAGCAGACCACUUCUGCAGCUCCAGUGACUUCCGAGGCUGCUCGGUGGACGCAAUGUCACGCUCGAUAUGCUCGUUAAGUACCAAGGAGCAGACAAUCCCGGAAGAAUACCAGUACUUCCCGAACGACCCGAAGAAGGGAGGGGUCAAUAUGUUCGCAGACUUCUGCCCAUUGAACGUUGGAUACGCGAAUGGAGACUGUACCAUCUCGACGAAUCUACUCAAGCUCGGCGAUACCAGUAUCAACGCGUUCGGCGAGACGUACUGCCCCACCUGCAGGUGUACCGCGACGUCACUGCGGAGUGUGGAUUCUACGAGCUGGGGGAUAAGUCCAGCCAGACAGUCGGGCUGCUACGCGAUGCGAUGCGUAGGGGAUUCUACCUCGACGGUUGUUGAGCUGACCUUUCCGCGUAGUAAUUCGAGCGACACCGUGAGCGUCAACUGCACCAAGAAGGAGGAGACGCUGUCAGUACCAGGUUUCACAGGAACCAUCACGUGUCCUGACCCACUGGUAGUAUGCGAAGUCGACGAUCCGAGUAGAAUUCUACUGACGGAGGAGCUGGUUAACAGCGACAGCAGUACUGACACUGGAGACGGCAGCGUAUCGGUUGGAAGCGACGACUACCCGGAUGAUAGUGGAGAUACUUCGACGACAAAUUCCUCUGGUAAAAGUGCAAGCGCCUCCUACUCAAGCAGCAGCAACAGCAGCAGCAGUGGUUUGAGCACUGGGGGCAUAGCCACGAUCAACACAGGGACGACAACCAGCGGAGCCGAUGGGGAGCGCUUGGCGUCAUUGUGGAUAGUUUUAAGUGCGGCAUGGCUAGUCCUAGCAAAUGUGGAGUAG